GUUUUCCUCUUUCAUUGGUCGACGGGGUGAUGCGGUUCAAGUUGGCUCUGCCCGUCAUACCGCUUCCCUCGAGUCAUAUGACUCUUAUAACACACAAAGGUUCGGUUUGCACCGCUCACUCUGCGUUGUUCAUGGCACAGUCAUGUUGUCAGCAAUGACAGGAUAUUUCGAUUUCACGACCGAUGGCAUCGGUCUGCCUCAAUACGGACGCGACGACUUCGAGCUGGAGCCGCCGUUCUGCGCCUACAGAGCGCACACCGUCGACAGCGUGUACGGCGACUACGAGGAGGAAAGCAACGGCCCGUUUCUCAGCAAGAAAGACCCGCUCCUGUCGUCGAGCGCGAGCAAUCUCUUCGCAUUGUCUCUAGAGGCGGGGACUGUGCGUCCUCCUGAAGGUUGCUGGAACCAAUUCCUCGCGUCUGGCGCUCAAUACCCGUCGCUAGCGCAGCUCAAACAGCACCACGCGCUCACACCACUCACCGCCAGUGUCGGCUCGUUCAAGGACGAGCCCGGCGUGAAGCUAGAAAGCGCAGAAAGUCGAGAAAAUCGCAAUGUCUUCACUCACGUUCAGAAACUCGCGGAGAAUUAUUCGCCGGCGCGACGGCGUGACGGCGAACAGUGCGCGAACGUUCUGGAAGUCAAGCGCGAACGGAGAGAGGAAGAGGUCGAGAUUCAUAGAGAAAGAGAAAGUCGAGUUGGCGCCGUGCCCAGAUCGACGUCCCACGUGGGCGGGUCAGUGAACCGAGACACGCCCACGAGGCAUCCAUCCCGACGCUUGCGGCUGCGCUCGCUCCGCGCUGUUUCCCACACGUCGCUGUCAUCGGGUGAUCUAUCUGGACACGAGAGCGGCACGGACGAUGAGUUUGAGAACGAAAGUUCGCCGCGCAAACGAGGAAGGAAGAAGGAAGUGAGCGACGAUUUCAAUCCGAAUCCGGAAAAGUUGAUUGUGAUCAACGGCCAACUGCGGCAGCUCAACAAGAUGAUGAACGACAUGACGCCGGUGAACGAGAUGCCGACGCACGCGAAGAACAAGGGACGUCGCGAGAGGAACAAACUCGCUUCCAGGGCGUGUCGUCUGAAGAAGAAAGCGACGCACGAAGCGAACAAGUUGAAACUGCACGGAUUGGAGAGAGAACACGAGAUAUUGCGUAAUGCAGUUUCGGAAUUGAGGCGAGAGAUUCAAAGACAAUCAGAUAAGAACGAGAGGCGGAAAUGCAUGGUGGACGUGUGGAAUGAAGUUGCCAAGCCGGCAUUGGAAUUCAGGGUAGCUGGUCGUCUGACUGAGUAUGUCAACCAGAUGUUGGAGUCACACACGAGCCAGGGAUGCCAGUCAUGGUCGAGUGACUCCGACUCGAACUGAAGAUGGUCGAGAAUGAGAGUGGAGAGAUGAGAUAUCCAUACACUUCGAGUGACAGACGUGUUUCUUCUGCUGUAUUCUUGAUUCCGUGCUGAUUGCUUUGGAAUUCCUCCCGGCCACCGUCGUAGCUCUGCUAACGUUAGAUUGGAGACAUUUUGCUAAUCAACGCUGUAGGGAUGGGUGAAGUUGGGGUAUCUUGUUGUAUAUAUAGGGUUUUGGAGACAAAUGAGGAAGAUAGAGAAAUGAUAUAUUUUGUAUGCUGUUGUAUAGUAUCUGGUGGCUGAGGAUAUCUUGUUUAGAUGCAGAUAUGAUAAUGUAGUGAAUAGUGGAUGUAUGUAUGUAGCAGGCAUAGACAGUACAGUAUACAGAAUGUACACUGAAAUAUACAAUAGGAGAGAUUGA